AUGUAUUCGCCAUCAUCAUUUCGACGAUUCGACCGUUACCGUGACCGACCCGUCGACCAUGGUCGUGGUCGACCCUUUACUGACCCCAACGAUCCCAGGUCGCGAUAUACCGGCAGCCGCUACGACGGCAGCGAUCGCCGGUCUCGCUCCCCUCCGCCACCCCGUGAUCGAUCCCCCUACGGAGACCGAAAUGAUCGUGGUGGUCCCCGUUAUUCCGAUGCCGACCGUGGCCGUCCGCCCGUGGAGCCGCGAGGCAAUGCCCCUAGCUUUCCGAUGGGCCGCGAUUCCUUCCGUGAUUCGCUUUCCAACAUUCAGCCCCCUCGAGGGCCAAAGGCCUUGAUGGACCCCCCGAGCGGCCCUCGCGGCGGGGGCUUUGUUGGCGAUUUCCGUGGCGGCAGAGGAGGCCGUGUCGGACUUCGAGGACGUCAGUGGCGUGACGACAGCCGAGACCCUGGUGGCCGUGACCGCGACGACUACCGAGAUCGACCACAUUUUCGAGACGAGAGAUCUCGCGAACGGGAGCGAGAGAGAGAACGGGAACAGAGAGAACGAGAGAGAGAUCGCGAGCGAGAGCGGGAACGGGAACGGGAACGUGAACGUGAACGUGAACGUGAUGCCCGCGAUAGGGAUAGGGAUAGGGAUAGGGAUAGGGACAGGGAUAGAGACUGGCAACGUGAUCAGCGCGACCGACCCGAUUUUUCGCGCCCUCGCAGACCUUCGCCCCCUCCAUUGCGUGCAAGAUCUCCCCCGCCGACCCGCGAUUUCAGGGACGCCAGAGAUGCCAGAGACAUUCGAGACGCUCGUGACGCCCGAGAUGCCCCGCUGAAUGUCGAUGCCGAGCGAGCCCGCCGCGGUUCCAGAGAUGGCCCGCUAUCUGCCGGUUCGUCGAACUCGGACCAAAUGUUUUCUCCGUCGCCGUUCCGUGGAGGUUUUGCACGCGGUGGUGGCCGGGGAGGCGGUGGUAUUGGCACUGGCGGCGGCGGAAGAGGUCGUGGUGAUUGGGAUCAGAGACCGGGCAGAGAUAGGGCCCCCUUCUACGACGACCGAGAUCGUUUCCCGCGCAGCCGCUCGCAGGAGAGCCGCUGGGGUCGAGAUCAGGACGAUCGUGAUCGUAGGGACACCAGAUACCCGGACACGGCCAGAGAUUCGCGAGAUGACCGCGAUGUCAGAGACAACCAACGCGAUAUCGUUCGUCCGAAGCCCGAACGUCCUCCUCACGAACCGCAGUCAGCCAAGGAUGUCUCGCCGCCGCCCCUUGCUCCUUCAGCUCCUGCAUUCGGCUCGGUUCCUAGCCGUCAGUCGACCGCUGCCGAGAUCCAGUCUCUCACCGGCAAACCUCCCCCGACAGGCCCGAGAGCUAUGACUGAGGAGAAGGCUGCAGGAGUUCCCCACGGUCCCGGAAGCGACAGGCCGCCCCCUGCUGGUCCUUCAAAACCUCAGCUCCCAGACGGCCCGCUCAUUCCAGCUGGUCCUCGUGCUCAACAGAAGCAGCAACGUUCGAGCAGGCAGUGGAUUAAUCCUUCACUGAAUGCGAAGAAGGUCGAUAUUCUGCCAGGCCCCCGUGGACCUCAUGGGUUUGGACCGCAGCCGCCCCAGCGACCAGUUGGCUACCGUCCUGACUUCUCGCAUCAGGGAGACAAGCGGCCUCGCAGCCCAGAUGGUCACCAUGUUGCAACUGGCGCUAACGAGAUCGUGAUCAAGUCGGAGAGGAUUCCGGUCAAGCCGCCGGUAGCGAACCGUGAACCCCUCAAACCUGCCCCAGGCGAUGCCAAUGUGGCCGUGACCGGGGCGAAAGUGGCAGAACGGAAGCGUGAAGAGCGCCAAGAUGAGCUACAGACUAGCCCUACGGCUGCAAAGCGUCCAACUGCUGAGGGAUCCGCCGAGGAACCGAGAAAGGUUGAAGAGACCAAGGAGCCAGAGGUGAUCGAAAAGCGGCGCCCUGUCAUCUUGAUACCCGCUCGCCGCAUCCAACUGCCGCCAAAGGAGCGGCUGCCGCCUCUUUCUGAUGAGUCUUCGGAGUCAGAUGAGGAUGAAGACAUGGACAUGUACUUUGAGCAACAGAUCUCGAAGGUCGAAGCUGAGCUCAAUAAGAUCGAGGACGCCAUUGACAAGGCCCCAAUGGCCAUCAUCCGGCGCUACGCAACUGCCGUUCAUGAGGCUAUGCUGAGCGUGGUUAACGACCCUGUCACUCUGACAAGCCUGCUCGGUGGUAUCCCCGAAGGGUUCACAUUCCCAUGCCCCAAGCCCGCUACCGAGAAGGCCGAUGAGGAAAUGCCCGAUGCCGAGCCAGAGUUACCGUCGCAGCCCCAGCCCCAGCCCCAGCCUCAGCCCCAGCCUCAGUUAGAACGGGAGCCUGCGAAGGAGAAGGAGAAAGACAAGAUUCAGGAUGAGCAAGAGCCACAACAACUGCAGCCUCAGCCACAGGUUGUCGAAUUGAGCCCGGCCGUUUCGCGCGAACCAUCGGUUCUUCCAACCAUCGAAAUCGAGGAGAAGGAGAGUGCAGCCCACGUGCCGCCGGAGCCGCAGCCUAAGGUGGAGGAGAUGGAGGUGGAAAGUUUGGCGCCCGUCCCUUCGGUUAAGGAAGAAAAGCAGGCUGCAGAAGAAGAGAAGCCUGCCGAGGAGGCCCAGCAAACUAUCGGAGAAGAUGUGGAGAUGCAGGAUGCACCGGAGGAGCCACAGCUUGCCAUGCCAGUUCCUCGUCGGUCUGUCUCGACAGCCGAGGUUGCCUCAGCGGAUGGAGAAGGCGAGGCUAAGCGUAGCCUGUUCGCACCCACGUUCAACCAGGUCGAGACGACGGAACCUAGCACAGUUUCGGCCGACGACCAGAGCGAAGACAGGACCGAGGACGAUGCUAGUGUCUAUGGGAGCGUGGAAGCCGUCCGGCAGUACUCUGCCACACCGCCCACCGACGAGCUGCCGGUGUACAAUGUUAAACCGUGGUGGAAGAGCCGACGCGUCAAGAAGAUUUGCGAAGAGAACCCCGAGUUCAGCAAGUUCCUUAUGGGCCAUAUUCGCGAGCAAGCUGAGCAGACCAAGCAGAAGCAGCAGGAGCUUCGCGAGAAGUAUGCCAAGGAUUAUGAGGCGUAUCUGCGCUUUACGCAGUCGGACGAUCCCGCGGCGGUCAAGGCGCGCGAGUACAUGGCUCUGGGAUCGAAAUCGAAUGGCGAAUCCAAGCCUGAAGGGGGCAGAAGAGCAGCCAGCCGAUUCUCGACUGAGCUCGACCUUGACUAUGCCAUGCAGCAGUCGAUGAAAGAGUACCAGGAGAAGCAGGAGCGUGAGGAGAGGGCACAAAAGGAAAAGUACCGCAGUGAAAAGGAAGCCGUCAUUCCCGAGAUGUUCUGGACCGAUCGCGAGAAGGAGCAGGCGGCGUUCCGGGAUACUUCUGGGCUGCUGCCCCUGGAGAAGCUGGUGUCGGCGUGGCAGGUGGUGCCUUGGCACAACAAUUUCACCGAGGAGGAAGAAGAGAAGUUCGAGAAGGCCUACCUCGAGUACCCCAAGCAGUGGGGCAAGAUUGCCGAGCAGCUGCCGGACCGCACGUUCGGCACUUGCAUCCAGUAUUACUAUGCGAAGAAGCGCGAGCUUAACCUCAAGGAGAAGCUCAAGAAGCAGCCCAGGCGCCGCAAGAAGGGAGGUCGCACGAAGCAAAAGGCGAGCGUGCUUACAACCGAGAAUCCCGAAGGCGAAGGCGAGGAUGCCGCGGCAGCUGCCAACCAAGAGGACAACGGCGGUACAGGAGAGAGAAGGCGUCCGCCACGUCGUGCGGCUGCUCCUGUGUUCACCAGUGAGGUCAACUCCAACGUCGAAUCGGAAGGCAACACACCAGCUGCCACACCAGGUGGUCGUCGCAGGGCUGGCACGGUGGCCGCAAGGGUCGGCAGACGAAGGCUGAAAAAGAGGCGGCCAAGGGGGGCCAAGCAGCAGCAGCAACAACAACAACAACAACAACAACAACAACAACAACAACAACAACAACAGCAGCAGCAGCAGCAGCAGCAGCAGCAGCAGCAGCAACAGGCGGUUCAAGAAGCCGGCGCUGUGCCUAUUGCUGCUACCCUCGCUACCAAGGCUGGCCGGUCGCGUGCAAACUCGCGGGCUCAGGGCCCAGAGUGGGCAUCGCCACAGGCGCCGUUCCUAUCUGGCACGUUCGAGGGCUCCGCGCAGAUGCCGCCCAUGUCUACAGGCACAGAGCGACCCAUGCCAUCCAUCCCGGCAACCAUCCCCGAGCACGUCAUGUCCAUGUCGGGUCCGCCAUCGCUGCGGCCUGAACCCCCCCCUCCUCCAGCAGCACCGACCAUGGUCGCGUUCGAAAUGGCUUCCCAGUCGACCUCGACGGCUCCGGAACGCAUUCGAACGCCACAGCAGGCGUCGAGCUACUGGAGCGUGUCCGAGACGACCGACUUCCCGGCGCUGCUACGUGCCUUUGGCACAGACUGGGCAGCCAUUGCUGCGCAUAUGGGAACCAAGACAGCGACCAUGGUCAAGAACUACUACGUCCGGCAGACCAAGGAGGGCGGCAAGCCUGAGUGGGAGCAGAUCGCCAUGGAGGCCGACGCCAAGCGUGCAAGAGGCGAGAAGCUCCCUGCCCCGCCCACGCCAACCCAAGGCCCGAGAAAGCGGUACGAGGCCCCGGCUGCCGCACACCGGCCCUUGGCAGCUGCCGAACCCGAGGAAACGGCGCCGGUCAAGACCGAGACGUCGGCUCAGAACCCUCCUUACGGUCGCUACCAGGUACCCAUCGCCCAAGCUGCGCCAGUCUCUCAUCCGCUCGUGCAGCCAGCUCAGUCUGCAAUGUCAGCACCACCGCUUGUCUCCUCUGCUGCUCCACAACAACCUCCGUUGCCAGGCCCAACUGCUUCCGUCUCACGGGCUAUGUCACCACAUGCCUCUCACGCUCUACGCCCUCCAGCCCCUGCCUAUGUUCCGUACCCCGAACGUGCAGAGAUCGACUCGAAGGUAGCGCAGUCGGCUGCCCAGACUCAGGCCCAAGCUCAAGCACAAGCACAACAACAGCAGCAGGCUGCGCGCAUGUCCCAGAAGCCGCCCGUUCCAGCCGGUGCUUCAUCGAUGCCCCCCGUCUCGGAGCCCAUGACUCGUCCGGCUCCGGAAAGAAGCUGGCAGACCGAUAUCAGCAUGCAGUUCUCUUUGCUUUCGCAGCAGAACGAACUUCGCAACCGCGAGGCUCGCGAGAGGGAAUUACGGGAGCGCGAACUUCGCGAACGGGAGCUGCGCGAGAAGGAAUUGCGCGAGAGGGAGAUGCGCGAACGGGAAAUCCUCGAGUUCACGCAGCAGCAGCAGCAGCAGCAGCAACGCGAGCCCGUUGGACCUGGCCCUCAGCCAGUGGACAGGGCUCCUCCUCUGCGUGGUUUGAAGCAGGAACACGAGUCCGGCAUGCAUCGUGCGGAAUCGCCUUAUCCGCCGUAUCAGCCGACGCAUCAGCAUCACCGGUCGCUGUCAUCGCGUAUUGAGCCGGCUGCCCCUCUGUCAAGGCCGCAGCAGGAACUGCCGCGUACUGUUAUGCCGCCAGCAUCCCAAGCGUAUGGUGCUAUGCGCAGCCUGUUGAGCGAGCCUGUUCCUCCUCAACAAGCGCCAACCGGGUCGAUAACUACCGAGAGGCCCAUGUCAAGCAUGCAGCGGCUACCUGUAUCAAUGCAGGAGCACUACCAUGGUAUUCCUACCUCAGCUGCGCCGCCUGCUCCUCCUGCUCAACAACCUCCGGCAGCCCAGCCUACUCCCCCUCCUGUCUCUCGUGCUCCCGAGCCGCGCAAGACCAGCAGUCUAAUGGCCCUCCUCAACGACGAUCCUCCUCCGGCCCCUCCUGCUCCGACCAAGAGAGUUACCGAUGUGACGGCCAUCAAGCAAAGCUCUCCUCCUCCCCCUCCUCCUCAGUCUAUGGUUCGCCAGCCUCCUCCUCCCCCGCCCCCGACUUCUGCGCCCAUAGUAGCUCGUCGAGAGCCCGAGCCAGCCUAUGCAUACGGACGCAGCACUGCCCAGACCGCAAUCCCUCCUCUUAAGCCGUACCAUAAUCAGUCCCCUCAGCCGCAGCAUACCCGCGUGCCGAGUUCUGGAAUGGUGCCGGCCCUCGAUGCUGCUACCGAGCGCGAUCCUUACUACAGGCAUGCUUACUCGUCACACCAGUCCGGCGCGUCCAACUCUCCUCAGCUGCACCCGACACAUCACUACGCUCAGCAACCGCAACAGCAGGCUGCUACGAUGGGAGGUUACCCCGGCCAAGCAUCCUAUCCUCCGCCAAGGGACCCAAGGGACCCAAGAGAUCCAAGGGAUCCUCACGGGUCACAUAUGUCUUCGCCUACUACGCAGUACGCCGCACAUCCGUCAACAUCAUCAGCUGCACGUGAGCGCGAACGUGAUUCAGUCUGGAUAUCAUCACAGCAGCGUCCUUUGCAGCCACCCUCACUACAUGGUCAACAACAACAGCAGCAGUCGCCUUGGAUGCCUUCGCAGAAGCCGCCCGCUGCUCAGUCUGCUGUCCCAACGCAAUCGGCUUGGGGUGCCCAGCAUGGUGGUAUGCCGAUGUCGACCAAACCAUCGCAGCAACAGCAUCAUACCUGGCAGUCCCCUGCUCCUACGCCUCAGCCGCAACACCAGCAUCCGCUUAGCAACCUGCGUGGCGAUCCUCCUCGUACGACUGGGGUCUACGCUGCCGCUCAUGAUGUGUCCAGCCCGACUAUGGCGCCCCAUCACCGGUCAACCGGGUCCAUCGGCGGAGGUGCCGGGUCAAGUCUGAGCAGCGCCGCAGGUUCGCGGUAUCCUCCUCCAGCUGGCCCCGGAGCCCCACAGGAUCCGACUCGUCGCGUUGCAGAGCCCCAGCCGGCCCAGCCCCUCCCGUCGGCUGCCGGUCAAUCCCAGCCGUAUGCUCGGUAUGCUAACACCCCCGGACCAGCCCAGCAACCACGGGAGCCUCCCCCGACUGUUGGUGGCCCCCGAAGCUAUACCCCCGUUGGCAGCGGCUAUGCUGUCGCGGCCCCGCCGCCGCCGCAACAGGCUUAUGCCGGCAUGUCGGCUCGGGAGCAGGAAGCUGCUGCCGCUCUGCGGGACGUCCAAAUGCGUGAGCAGAUGCGCGAGGCCCAGAUGCGCGAAGCUCACAUGCGCGAUAUGCGCGAGGCACAAUACCAUCGCGACGCCCAACUCCGUGAGCAGCAGCAACAACAGCAGAUGCUCGAAGUCCAGCGCCGCGAGGCUCAAUACCGCGAGGCCCAAUACCGCGAGGCACAACAGCAACAAUACCGCGAAGCGCAGUUUCGUGACCCCGCCUCUGCGGCACAGUACCACGACCUCCAGAUGCGUGAUGCUCCGCUGCCACAGGACGCCCUUCCCGGCGACCCGAGGGAUCCAAGGCUCAGUCGAGAGGAGCAGAUUCGUCAGGCGCAGUUGCGCGAGCAGCAGCACUACCAGCAGCAGCAACAAGCUAGUGGUGCGGUGGGGCUUUUGGGACGCGGGUUGAGGCCUGCUCCCAGACCGGGACCGGAGGGUGGGGUGUAUGACCGUGAGGGGAGGAGGUAUUGA